AUGGCUACAGCACACGAUCGAAAAAUUCUGAACCGUAUUCUCAAUCCGUUGAUGCCCGAUGAGGAUCCGACUGAAGAGAAAGUCGCUGAGGAUGAACAAAUCGAUCACCCUGAAUACGCAAAAAAGUCGGCAGCUCGAAAAGGAGGCGAUUGCUCUCGCCGAAGGGGAAAUAUUGCAAAAGCACUGGAGAAAUUCGAUGAAGCUAUUGAGGUUUGUCCGGUGAAUCCAUCAGCGUUCAACAACCGAGCUCAAGCGCAUCGCCUCAAUUCGGUAACGGAAAAAGCCAUGUCCGAUCUCGACAUGGCACUUGAGCUGAGGGAAAGGGCAAAUCGGGAUGGGGCAAAGGCUGACUACGAGAAAGCGGCCGCUUUGGGUUCAUCGUUCGCGAAAAUGCAACUGGUUGCACUGAAUCCGUACGCGGCGAUGUGCAACAAAAUGCUAUCGGAAGUCAUGCAAAAUCUUCGAGAAGGAAAAGAA